GUGUUCCCUCUCAAACACUACCAGGACAAAAUUCGACCUUAUAUUCAGCUGCCGUCUCAUAAAAAUAUUACUGGGGUAGUAGAAGUGAUUCUGGGGGACACCAAGGCCUACGUCUUCCUUGAGAAGGACUUUGGGGACAUGCACUCCUAUGUGAGGAGCUGCAAAAGGCUGCGAGAAGAGGAGGCUGCCAAGCUGUUCAAGCAGAUUGUCUCAGCCGUAGCUCACUGCCACCAGUCGGCCAUUGUGCUGGGUGACCUCAAGCUCAGGAAAUUUGUCUUUUCUACUGAAGAAAGGACUCAGCUGAGACUAGAAAGCCUAGAGGACACUCACAUCAUCAAGGGGGAAGAUGAUGCUCUCUCAGAUAAACAUGGCUGCCCAGCAUAUGUCAGUCCUGAGAUCUUAAACACAACAGGGACCUACUCUGGAAAAUCAGCUGAUGUUUGGAGUUUAGGAGUAAUGCUGUAUACCCUCCUCGUAGGACGCUAUCCCUUCCAUGAUUCAGACCCUAGUACUCUGUUUUCUAAAAUCCGCCGGGGACAGUUCUGUAUUCCUGAUCACGUCUCUCCGAAAGCCAGAUGUCUCAUUCGCAGUCUACUGAGACGGGAGCCCUCCGAAAGACUAACUGCUCCAGAGAUCUUGCUUCAUCCUUGGUUUGAAGCAGUUUUGGAACCGGGAUACGUAGACCAGGAUAUAGGAACUUCUGAUCAAAUUGUUCCAGAACAUCAUGGAGACAAUGAUGAUAUUAGUUCCUUCUUCUGUUAAUCCUGAAAUCUCCAAGAACCUCCUACAGUUCUCGCACAUGGCAUCUUUUUAGGGUUUCAUUUUUCCACGUUACAAAUGACAGCAUUCUAAAGUGUAACUAUAAUCAGAAAAGCGACUGUUUAAAAAACAAACAAGCAAGGCAGGCAACGACUUAUACCGUGGAUCCAGAGUCUUCUCUGCUUAUUCUGCUGGCAAGUUCUUACUAUUAAUGCUGCAGGGCCAAUACAGUUGUGGAAGAGCCAGCUGGAAUCUGCUCUGCCUCGUGCAUCAUCAUCAACAGCCCAAUUGCCGGGUGAUCUUUGAUUGCAGAAUCUUAUUACUGGUGAUGUAAGACAGAUAGACAGAAGCUAAGCCUCCCAGUUUUCCCCAUAGGUAUUAAGUGGAAUGUGUAACCCUGACAGUGAAAAGUCUAAAUGGGAGAAGACCAAAUCUGACAUGGAAAUUAGUAAAAGGAAUCAGAUUACUGUGUUGCCAGUUUUAUAGAGUAAUUUUCUGACUAUAAGUGCACUUUGAUAGUGGAGAGAGAUCUUGACCCACCAAGUCCAACUACAUGCUCACUUGUCAGCUAGAUCCUGCUAUUCUAUGAUGCUAUUGAAGUUCCAUCCAUAAAGUAAAUGUAAACUAUUGUCUUUCUUUGUUACAUUAAAUCCAUCUGAGAGUUCAGGUAGUAAUACAAUCUUCCUGAACAUAAAAUUCAUUUUUUAAUUUAUUUAAACCUGAUUGUGACAAAGAAUAUAUAAUUCUAUAAGGGUCCUUGCAUAUAUUUCUGUACCAAAACACAGCACCAUGGAUUGGAGCACCUUGUCUUAGAGAUAAGGGAUAUCUUGUACAGCAUAUGUGAACCCUUCUGUUUUUGCACAGGCUCAGUUCUACAGAGUAUGCAUCUUAGGUUUAAAAUCCUGUACAAAAACUUGGUUGGUCUUGAACCUUAAACUCUCCAGAUAUUCUUACUUGACUAUGCAGGUAUAUCAUCUGCUUCUGACUACGUUUGUCUCUCUUAAUUUUUUGCAUGAUUAUUCAUAUUUCAAAUUUGUGUGGAUAAUGAAUACAUCUAAAUAAUCAUUACUUUCCUGGGUUAGGAAUAAGUAAAGCCUAGUCCUGCCUAAAAAUUCUGCUUUGUUUCAUGUACAUGCCUGGUUGAUGAUGUACGGAAAUAUUAAUGUCUAUUAUAAGUGGUUCUCUAAGAUGGCAUAUAAACAGUUCCUAAAGUGUGUUAAACGGGUAAAUGAUUGUGCUGUACAUUGACAAAAUGGCACUACAAGAAUGCAGUUAUUUUAAGGACUGACCCUUGGCCAGCUACGGUACCACCAGGCAUAGUGAGAAUGCUAUGUAUACCUCAUGUACGUUGUACAUAUAUCUUACUGUUUGGAGGAGGGAGGGGGUUGCUGUUGUUUGUGUGUCCUAAUAACUGAAGUGUCAAAGAGCAGUUUAAUGUGAAUUAUUGUUGGCAAUACUAACUUGACAGAAUCAUGAGCAUUAGAGAAGGGUGAAGUACUUCUGUUGCACUAAAUCUCUCAUGAUUGCUUGACGUUUGUAUCUGUGAUACAGUUUAAAAAGUAAAUCUGUAUAUAUUGGUGGGAAAAGCUGCCACAAAAUCUAAAAACACUAUGUCCAACCUGUAAAUAUGUAUAUAUGUGGAAACCUAGAUGAUAAAGUCUGACUUGUAUAAAAGUUUUAAUAAACCUGGUUUCAUAAA